AUGGCGGGGCGGGAGGCGGCGGGCCGGAGGUCUCCGGUGGAUCUUGAUGGGGGUGCUUCGUUGGGGAGCGAGAUGGUCGACGCCAUUGCCGAGGAGCUUGAUUGCGGGAGGAAGAAGGCUGUUGAAAUUGGACGAGAGCUAGCAAGAAGACACUACAUUCACCAUGUAUUCAGGGAAAACAAUUUUGAGGAUGGACAAAAGCAAUUCUAUCGCUUCUUGGAGCAUGACCCUGCCAUUACCAAAUGCUUCAAUUUCAGAGAAGCCACAAACGAUAACGAGCCCAAAUCUGCAUAUGUUGUCAGCCAGAAACUCGCAAAGCUAAUGACUGCAAUCCUCGAGUCUUAUGCGUCCGAUGAUAGGAGUCAUUUAGAUUAUGCUCGUAUUGCUGCAAGCGAAGAAUUUCGAAGAUACCUGAAUCUAGCUCAAGAUCUUCAAAGAAUAGACCCAUUCACCCUCUCUAUGGACGAGACAAUGGCUUUCUUCUUGAAUCUAUACAAUGCGAUGGUUAUUCACGCGGUUAUUAGAGUUGGAAAGCCUGGAGUCAUGGAUCGAAGGGCAUUCUUCAAUGAUUUCCAGUACGUAGUUGGAGGCUAUCCUUACUCUUUGUCCACCAUCAAGAAUGGGAUCUUGAGAUCAAAUAGACGGCAGCCUUACACUUUCAGCAAGCCAUUCAGUGCUGGAGACAAGAGAUUAGAGUUGGCUCUCCCAAAGCUGAACCCUCUGAUCCACUUCGGCCUAUGCAACGCCACACAGUCCUGCCCGUACGUACGCUUCUUCUCCUCCCAAUCAGUCGAGCUCGAGCUCAGAGACGCAGCAAGAGAGUUCUUCAACAAUGGAGGUAUCGAGAUCGAUCUGAGCAAGAGAACAGUGUAUCUAACAAAGAUCAUGAAAUGGUACGACUCAGAUUUCGGGCAGCAGGAGGAGAUGCUGAGGUGGAUAAUGGGGUUCUGUGACUCAACUAUAACUGGCUACUUGACUUAUUUGAUCAAUGAUGGUGACUCUGUUGAUGUUGCUUAUCAGAAGUUUGAUUGGUCUUUGAACUCUUUAAAUUGAUUUUGUUCUUGAUUAAAGUGAGAGAGAGAAGAGAGAGAGUUUUCUCCAAUGUAUAUGGGGUGAUUCUAAGAGAGAGAGAGAGAGAGAGAGAGAGAGAGAGAGAGAGAGAGAGAGAGAGAGAAGCACAUAGAAGUGCAACCGAGAGUUACGAUGUAUAUCAGUUGUGAUGUAUAUCAUACGCAAUUGAUUUGUGUUGCUCACGGAGAAGAGAAGAGAGGAUUUUUAACUUGAGCGCGUGAUGAAAUUAAGGUUGAUGAAGAGGUUUUGGGUGUACUUUUUAUAA